GAUUUGAAUAAUUGGUGCACUGGUCCCAAAAACAGAUCAAUAAAUAAAUAACACCUAGAUCAAUCUUCAUCAGAACAUAACGAUUUGAAGAAAUGAGAGAGUCAUCUCCGAUGAAUGCAGGGGAUGGGACGUUUAGCUACACCAAGAAUUCAACCGUGCAGAGAGAUGCAGCAAGUAGCGUAAAAGAUACAAUAAAAGAGGCAAUAAUGGAGAAUUUUGACAUAGAAAAGGUGUUAGGUGAUUCGACCACUCUCACCAUAGCCGAUUUAGGGUGUUCGGUGGGACCCAACACUGUCUCCGCCAUGGAAAGCCUACUCGAAACAGUGGAACACAAGUGCCGCCGGCAAGGCUUAGACGGUCUCGAGUUCCAAGUGUUGUUCAACGACCAAAUCGGCAACGACUUCAACACCCUCUUCGCCGCCCUCCCUCAGCCGAGAAGCUACUUCGCCUCCGCCGUACCAGGAUCUUUCUACGGCCGUCUCUUCCCUUGCUCCUCCGUCCACGUGGCGUAUUCGUCAUACGCGAUCAACUGGCUGUCUAGGGUGCCGGAGGAGCUGCAGCGGAAAGACUCCCGGGCGUGGAACGCGGGUCGGAUUCACUACUCGGACGACUCAUCCGAGGCGGUUCUCGAAGCCUAUGCGGAUCAGUUCCAGCGAGACAUGGAGGCCUUCGUUGGAGCUAGAGCUCGGGAGAUUGCGCCCGGCGGGGUGAUGGUCAUCGUGGUGCCUGGCGUCCCCGAUGGAGCUGUCACGUACAGCGGAGGCGUAGCCUUUCGUUUCAUUGAGUCCAUCCUCUCGGACAUGGUCAAGGAGGGAGUUAUAGAGCAAGAGCAAGUGGACUCGUUCAACGUGCCUAAUGUAUAUCCAUGCGUGAAGGAUCUAAGCAGGGUGGUCGAAAGAAAUGGGUGUUUUGAAAUUGUGAAAAUGGAAUUUGGGGAGGUCGCCGUCGGCAAGGUGGAGCUUGAGAAUAGUAUAAUGGUUAUUAGAGCAAUAUUUGAAGGAUGCAUGGCCAAUCAUUUUGGAGCUGUGGUUGUUAACCAACUCUUCGUGAGGGCAAUGCAACACAAACUCCAAUUUGCUGCGAUUCUAAAUUCUGCUGGUAUUCAUGGGACUAUUAGUCAGAUCAUGGCUGUGCUCAAGCGCAUUUGAUAUUAUAAUUCCUACAAUUAAUUCAAAUUUCCCUUCUUUAUGUUAUUCAUAUUGCUGCAAUGUAAAAUGUUCAAGUCAUCGAAAUUUUACAAGUGAUAGGACCGUUUUUUUUUCUUCGGUUA